GCUGGCGUGGGCGGGCCUAGGCUGGCGGACUCCGGAAGCGCCGGCGCGCGUCCGGGCCCCUGGGCAGGCAGCGGGGUCGCAGCCGGUUAGGCCAUGUCAGCUCGCCGGAGGCACGUGUUUGUUGAAAAGGUGCUGAAGAGACUUUUUCCUAAUGUUCCAAGUGGCGAAGAAAAGGAGACACCCCAGAUUUUCCCCUUGGAAAAACCACCCAGGAAGACAACGUCUGAGAAGGUGAAACGCAAGCGUAUUCAUCUUUUGACAGAUGGUGACGUUAAGAGACAGUCUGAACAACGGCGCUAUACAGUUAGUUUGCCUCCUGAGGGGUACGCUCCCUGUUUGCCAGAGCCCAGCGGCUGCACGGAUUCUGACAGUGCCUCCAGUGGUGCGAAUGCAGAAGGUGAAAUACUGGGUGAUCAGGAUCAUCAUGGUCAAUCAAAAAGGAGAAGAAUUAGAAAGCAUAAAUCAAAGAAAAAUUUUAAAAAUCCUAAUAAUGUUCAUAUAGAACUAGCAGAAUCAGAGAAACAGCAGAAUCUAUUACAAGAAUUACAGCCACAGCCCACAGAUGGCCUCAUAAUGAGCAAAAAUAAGAAAAGGAAGCUAAAAAAGAAGCAGCAAAUUAGAAGGAAGAAAGCAGCUGGCUUAGUAACCAAGGCUUCUGGUGUCAGCUUCAUGUACCAGCCUGAGGAGAGCAGCAGUGAGCAGGAAGACCUGAGGCAUACUGCUGAAGGAGUCCAAGACAGCAAGGAGGCCACCUCAGUAGAGGCCAGCGGGGAAGAUGAUGCGGCCACCACCCAGGAAGAUAUUGAGAUUAACAGUCGAAAAGCAGAGGGCAUCCUGAACUUUCUGAAGUCAACACAAGAAAUUUAUUUUUAUGAUGGUGUUUCCCGAGCCGUAGAUUCUGCUAUUUCCACAGAGAGUGUUAAAGAGCUGCUCACCUGUCUUGAGUCUAACAGCAUGCCUCCCUCAGAUGUGUUCAUUCUGGAUCACAUGAGAACACUGCUACUUCUGCACGACACUGAGCGAUUGAGGCGAGCUCUGGAAAUGCUCCCAGAACACUGCAUGAUGCCCCCUGACCAUGCCAGAGUAAUCUCAGCUUUCUUUAAUUACUGGAUCACACACAUCUUUCCUGAGAAAGACAUUGAAUGAAAUCAGUGUACCACUUUAAGAAGAGCUAGUAUUUAACCAGAAAUGAAAAGACAAUACAAAAUGGCUAAGAGUUAAUUCUCAUAUACAAAGAAGAGUAAAUUCUUGGUAUUUUCUUUGUAACUCAAGUACUAAGAACUCCAAAGACAUUUUUGCCAUAUUAUUUAUUCCUGUGCUUGUAUAGAAUGGUAAGAUGACUUUUGAGACUUUAAAUGAGAAAUUGGGGUAAAAUUGAAAUUUCUUAUUUGCAGUUACAUAUGUCUUGAGUUACUUCAUAAAACUUGAUUGUCUUUCUAGUUCCUAUAAAAAUUGAAAAUGAGCAUAUUAUUAAAUAAACUAUAUAGAUUGAAGUUC